CCUAGAAGAUGAUGCUUCUCUUGCUUGGCUAUCUCUUGCCUGCCAUCAAUGGGAAGAGCUGUCUCCACUGCUGGCCACAACUGCCUGCAUUGAUAGACUAUGACCUGCAGAUUCUUUGGGGCACCCCAGGACCACCCACAGAACUCUCCCAAAGCCUCCACUCCCUAUUCCUGAAGACGAAUUAUGUCUUCCUAGAGCCCUGGUAUCUUGAUCAUGACCAUAUGGAGGAAGCAACAGCCAAAUUAUUCAAUUACGUAGAUGAGGCCAUCAAGAAGUUUCGAGAUGAUAAACCAUCACUUCUGGAAGAGAUUAAUGUCAAGAAACAGGCGUUUACUAACAGGCUGAAUGAGAUGUCUAAGAUGCUGAAGGAGAAGGGUGAGAGGUGGAGCUGGCCCCUGCCCACCACCCAGCCCUUCACCUCCCCCAGGACUGAGAAGAGCAGAGCCCAGUCUUCAGCCCUUCCCAUGGCCCUCUCCAGGAAUCCCCACCCUCGCCACAUAUGGGUUGCCUGUCCACACCUUCUCCCAGCUCCCUUUCUUGAUGAUACCCCAACCCUUCAUGGCUCUGUCUGCCUCCCCCAGCACCUCAGUUUCUCUACCAUUUCAUCCUCCUGGGCAGCCUGCAACAAGUCCUGUGCCAGGACCCAGAGUACCUUCGCGUGGGUUGUGAGCCUUGGCAUUAUUCUGCUUCUGGCAGCCAUAGCUGGAAGUGGAUGGUACAUUUUUUGGAAUGAGAAGAGGAGAAAGGAAGCAGAAAAGGUUCAGUCAGUAGGAGUUCAGAGGGACAGAGACAAGGGCAUGCAGAAGGUCAGGGUGGAAAUGCCCUUCUUCUUCUCUCAGCAGGAACCUGGCAGUCCACUGUCUGAACCGAGUUUGCAGGUGCUGUCAGGAAGCUCCCUCAUCUCUGAGUUCCAGUAA